UACAUACAUAUACAUUGUCUCUAAUUAAUAUUAUAUAUAUAUAUAUAUAUACACACAUAGGAUAUAAAUGGGCGAAACUACACAGACAUUCCGGACUCCGAAUGAAGAGGCAAUUUAGCUGCAAAUGAUCCCAGUAUCUUGUUUUGUCUUGUUUGCUGUUGUCGUGCCAUCGUUCUUUGCCCCGCAUGUUGCAUUUUGUCGGUUUCCGUUUGUUGUGUUCUUUCUGGGCUACCUUAGAUUUAUCCAAUCAGUGUUACGUACAACUGUAUACAUUGUAAAAAAGAUACCCCUUGAAUAUCAUGUACGACUCUCAUCCUCUUACCUCCGCUAUACCUUUUUCUCUCUCCCUCCCUUUCAUUCUUUCGUCCUUCUAAUUUCUUUCCCCUCUCUCCUAUUCCUUAGUCACUCUGCCCUCUUGAACUCCUCCCCUCCCCUACCACGUAAACGCUGUCCGCUUCAGGCGUUGUCGUCCUUUUUCGACCGGCCGCCUUUGAGGUCGGUUGCGCCCGUCUGUUCUGUUCUGUUCUGCAGCCCACCCAGAUGUCCACCACAAUUGUAUGGUAAAGACUGUAUCAAUGAAUGUCAUUGUUCCCGAGCGGAAUCAUGUCACCAAAUUACUGGAAAGUGUAAACGUGAUGGCUGCGAAGAUGGAUGGUAUGGAGAGAAGUGUGACAAGCGAACAUAUGUUAAUAUUGCUCAAGGUCAAACUACACAGCAAACAAGUAUAUAUGGAAUAAAAGGAACUACAGUCUUCCAUAAUGGAACUUGUGAAAAAAUGAAUAUAUCGAUGGCAUCCGACAAAGCAGUUGACGGAAAUUUUGAUCCUGGAUUCACGCAUAAAUCAUGUGCAAGUACUGACUGGGGAAAAGAUCCAUAUUGGCAAGUGAUGUUUGAUAAACCAUACACGAUAUACCAACUGAGAAUAUAUAAUCGAAUGGGAAAUAAUCGUAAGUAUUGUUAAAAAGUUAUUAAUGUUGUCGGUUCGUCUCAGUUUAUCUUGAUUCAGCAGGAUUAUUUUCGAAAGUGUUCCAGCCGUGACUCUCCUGUCAUUUUAAUGACAGUAUCGUGCGUUUUGACAGAAAGUUUGUUUGCUAGUUCUAACGAUUCCAGUGGCCGAUUAAAAGAAUCUUCGUUGGCUCACAAUACAUUUGUUUAUUUAUGUUGACACAGUGUAUAUAAAUAUUAUAUA